AUGGUGUUGGUCCCCGAAUCCGGGUUCGACCUCAAAAAUCGUUCAGCCAUCCUCUACGACUCCGGCAGUGAGCCAUGCACGGCUACGACCAUUAUAAAUACCAGCAAGCCAAUUACCGUUAUUUUCAAGCAUUCUAAAGAGACCAAGAAUCGAUACACUACUAGGGUUAGCACUGACGAAGCUAUGCGGGAGGGCAAGAUCAAGUUACAGAAUGGUGACAAUCGUGGCGCAUACGUCGAGUUCCUUGUGGCCGACUUUAGCAGGAUGGAACAGGAAGAUCUGUCUUGA